AAAUAGGUCUUUCAACUCUUUUAGGAAUUUAAGUUCUCAUAAUUUUUCAGUACAUCUUCUUCAAACUUUCCAAGUUAAUAUAAUGGCACAUCGUGAUGGUGUUCAAUCUUCUUCAAAGCUAAUUUUGUCCAACUUUUAAAAUAGCAGGAAAAAAUAAAUUGUGAUCAUGUUCAUAUGCUUUUCUGAUUCAUUCUUCACAUAAUGCUUGUCAGGUCAAGUGUUUUGGAGUUCUAUUUUUUGGAGUAUUUGUAAGGUUUAGCGUCAAUGGCAACCACCAGCACCCCCACCACGGAUAUUACUUUGAAGCUCUUGAUUGAUAGAAAGGGCCACAAAGUUCUGUAUGCUGAAUCGGGCAAGGAAUUUGUGGAUUUCCUUUUCACCAUUAUGUCAUUACCCGUUGGCACUGUCAUUAGGCUCCUCAGCAAGGAUAGCAUGGUUGGUAGCUUAGGCAAACUUUAUCAUAGUAUUGAAAGCAUUGGUGACAUUUACAUGCUACCAGAUUGUAACAGAGAUACCUUGCUCAAACCCACAGCGGUAAUAGGCAGUGGGGAUGCCUCUCUUUUGUUAACUAAUGAUGAGUCAGUGGCGAAUAGAAAGGCUUACAUGUGUGUGAACAGCCACCGGUAUGUGGCUGAUGACCCUAGAGCCAUAUGUCCAAAGUGCAAAAAUUAUAUCUCCACCGAAGUGCCUUAUGUUGCUCCGCAGGCUACUACUGCUGGAUCUUCCGGGGGUGGUCGUGGAUAUGUGAAAGAUAUUGUGACAUACAUGAUUAUGGAUAAUUUGGAGGUGAAUCCCCUGUCUACCACAGCUUGUCUAACUAUGCUUAACAAGUUCAAUGUUAAGGAGGUUGAUUCCCUUGAAGAGAAGGUGGUUCAUCUAGGCAUGGAUGAGGGUUUGAAACUGUUGAAGGCAUCAUUGGAGUCAAAUUCUGUUCUCACAAAUGUUUUCCUUGGGAAGAAAGAAGCAUAUAACAUUUCAAUGCCCUGCAAGCGAUACUGACACUCUGGAGCUUCUACGAGAUCCUGGUUGCUAAGUUGUGAGUAGGCGUUCAAGAGGCUAAACUUUUGUUAACAAUUAGUGAUUGUAAAUGUGUGUCGUCACUUUCAUAUCUUUGUCUUGUUGAAUCUGUAGUUUUAACAAUAGUUAAGAAGGAAUCAUGAACAUUUUGUUGCAUGAGUAUCUCAACUUAAUUAGCACCGUAAUUGUUGGAAUUGACUUGCUGAAGUGUUUACAGAUGUUUGUUCUUAGUUGGGAUUCUUUUGCUUCUCAUACAUGUUUGAGACCUCCAUAACUCUUGCUUGGAUGCAAUGAAGACUAGCUUAGCCCCUCCUUGACUAGUUGAUUUCCAUUUACCAAUCUCAACCAUCCACCAAGAAUCCAAAUCUUAAUAAACAACCCACAGAGGAGCAAUUACUUACUACCUACUAAUAAAGAAAGGGUCAAACCCAAAACUAACGCCCACAAAGAAAGGGCCUGCGGUUAGUACUUACGAGAAGAACGGUUGUGAUAUCUCAGAUUCAUUUCUUCACUCAAAUCCUUCUCGCUGUGUCAAUGGCAGCUACCAAUCUCAAAUUGAAUCUCACAAUCGACACCGAAAACAACAAGGUUCUAUUUGCCAUACCGGACAAGGAUUUCUUGGAUUUCCUUUUCAGCCUUCUGUCUUUGCCUCUUUCAACUGUCACUAGGCUGCUUUCCAGGGACCAUAGCGUGCUUGGUAGCUUAGGCAAGCUGCAUGAGAGUAUCGAAAAGCUUGAUCAUAUGUUCUUCCUGCCUAAUCUUAACACUAGGGACACCCUGUUGAAACCCAAAUCACCGAUCCAUCAUUUGUUGAUGACCAAAGAUGACAAUGAAUCAGCGGCCACAGAUGAUGGAGGGUAUGUUCGAAAACAUGCUACAUACUUUUUGAUGGAUAACUUGCAAGUGAAGGCUCCUCUUUCUACGUCUUAUAUGCUUCCUUUGAUUCUGGUUAAGAAAUUUGAUCCUGAGGAUGGUACCGUUAAGCAGAGGUGGCUUAAAGUUGAAGAGAGGUGUGUUGAUGUGGGCAGGGAUGAGGCUUUGAAAUUGCUGAAGUCAUCAUUGGAAUCAAAGACAGUUCUCACUGAUGUGUUUCUUGGAAAGAAAGAGGCAAAAGCAGAGGUGGAGGCAGAGGCAGAGGCGGCAUUGGUGCAAUCUUGUGUUUCAAGUGGAAAUGAUAGCUUGGAAUAUGAAUGGGAUUUUUGUGGUUGAUGGCUAAACUUUUGCAAUCUUCGAUUUAGAGUACUUUGUGAUGGAUAUACUUCUGUUAAAAACCCGUUGUAAAUUGACGUAGCGAUCAACUUUUAUUGUUUUUUUGAAGCAGAUCAACUUUUAUUGUUGGCACUCACAAAAUGAUUUGUGUUAUGGGAUUAUUCCCAUUGUAUCUUUUAUCUCUUUAAAUUCAUUACAUAGCAACCUUGUG